AUGACACAUAUGAGAAGAAAUAGCACAACAGACGACUUUCAAAUCAACAGGAAUGAGUCUUGGAUGCAUUCCCAAAGCUUUUGGGUCGUUUAUAUAAUAGGUCUUUUACUAUUCAAGUUGAUUAUAAGUAUUGUCUUUCCAGAUUAUCAAUAUGGAUGGUUGGUUGUAACAGUAAUACAUGCAAUCAUUACAUGGUUUGCAUUCCACUGGCAAAAGGGUAUACCAUUCGAUUUAUCAGAUCAAGGAAAAUAUAAUAGACUUACACUUUGGGAACAAAUAGACAAGGGACAACAAUACACUCCAACAAGAAAGUUCUUGACUCUUGUUCCAAUCUUUUUAUUUAUGAUUACUUUACAUUCUAAUGGAAUAUUAGGUGCACCUUUCUAUUUGAAUGCACUUGCAAGUUUUAUUGUAGUUCUUUCAAAAAUGCCAAGAAUGGAUAGAGUUAGAUUAUUUGGUAUAAACAAAUAUUAG